AUGGGGGUGAUCAGACUUAGACUGAACCAUGCGCGAGACAUUCCCAGUGAAAUUGGCAACCUUCCACUAUUACAGGCAAUGUAUCUUUCAAACAAUCAGCUUUCUGGUUCUAUACCAUCUUCAAUAUUCAAUAGUUCAAUGUUAAAAGAUAUUGAACUUGGUGAAAUACCCUCCAUUUGGCAUCAAUGUAAAGAAUUGGUUGAUUUAGAAUUAAGUGAGAACAAAUUCAACAGAGGAUUCAUGCCAAGUGACAUCGAAAAUUUGACCAACCUCCAAUUCUUACAUCUUUACGACAGCAACUUGGAAGGUUUUAUACCCGAGGAGAUAGGCAAUCUUGAUAAACUUGAACUGUUAGGUUUGCAAGCAAACUAUUUUGAUGGAUCCAUUCCUUCCAAAAUAUUCAACAUUUCAGCAUUGAAAAAGGUGUCCUUUUCAAGUAACUCCCUCUCUGGCCCUCUCCCUUCAUAUCUAGGAAGUGGCCAUCGCAGCCUGCUGGAGUUAUUAGAUUUGGCAGAGAAUGAAUUUACUGGGCCAAUUCCAACUAGCAUCUCAAAUGCCUCUAAGCUCACGAAGUUUGAUUUGAGUGAGAACAAAAUUAGUGGAGCCAUACCCAGUGUACUUGGGAAUAUGACCAGCUUGAUGGCAAUAUAUUUUGAUGGGAAUGAUUUGACUGGGAUGAUUCCUACUACAAUUAGCAAAUUACAGAGCCUUCAGCAUUUAAGUCUCAAUAAGAACAGGUUGAUUGGGCCUGUUAGAAAAGCUCUGUGCCAAAUCAAAAGUUUGAGUGAGUUGUAUCUUGCUAACAACAAGUUUUCAGGAACAAUUCCAAGGUGCUUGGGUUAUAUUACUUCUUUGCGAAGUUUGGAUUUCAGUUCAAACAAAUUGACUUUUGACAUCCCCUCUUCUCUUUGGAGUAUUAAAGAUAUAUUGGUGGUAGAUUUAUCCUCCAACCUAUUGAGAGGAAGAAUUCCACCUGAUGUAUCAAACUUUGAGAGCAAUUACAUGAUUGGACUUCUCAAGAAACCAACUUUCUGGACACAUCUUUGCAACUAUGGGUGGCUUGCAAACUUUGAUGAACUUAUCUCCAGCUCAUAA